ACUCAAGACUGUACGAAGCCGUGUGUCAUGCAGGCAUGCUCGUCCCCGGCUACCCGCCGCGUCCCUGCGGAUACGAAGAUGCCGCGGCCUGCGGCAUCAGUGCAUCACCUCGCCUGCAAUCCCGGCGGGUCGGCUCGCGCGGCACGAGGGGCGGCACUUGGAUUCCCACGUUUUCCACCCACCAAGUCAGCAGGAGCCCACCCGCGCGCUCCCCUCGCCCCCGGCCACCAUUUAACAGUUGGACUCCCCCACCAGACGCCGAUCCCCACAACUUCCGCCCUCCCCCACGCCCCCAAGCCGUUCCCCUGAUCCCAUCCUCCGCCUCGGCGCCUUUGCGGCCGGCACGCAGGCCAGGCAGAUGGACAGCGGCGACGCCGUGGCGCCGCUCGCCGCGUGGGCGUCGAUCCGGGGGUACUUCACCCCGGCGACGCUGUUCCUCGUCGUCAACCUCGUCAUCGGCACCAUCGCGCUCACCUCCCGCGUCACCCAGCAGCGCCGCCGGCGGGGGCAACACUACUACCACGACGACGGCCACGGCCACGGCCACUACCACCUCCAGCAAGAACCGCUGCACUCGCAUCAGCAGCAGCCGGCGUACGGCGACCACUACUACCAGCAGCCGCUGUACGCGACUCCGCCCGCGCCGCUCGCCCGCACGUCCUCUGUCCUGGACCGGCUCAGGUCCUUCGGCCUCUACCGCUUCCGCUCCGGCGACUUCCCGCCCGAGUACGGCGCCGCGGCGGGGCCGAACCACUCGCAGGACGCGUCCGCUCCGGUGGAGGAAGAGGCGGCGGCGCAGCAGCUGCCGGAGGUGCACUACGCCAGGAGCCGGUCGGAGCCGGCGCCCGCGCGGGAGGAGAGGAGGCCGCCGGCGUCGAGGAUGAAGAAGUCGGUCUUGGAGGUGAGGAAGGCGCAGGUGGCGCGGGCGCCGGCCAGGGUGGUCGAGGCGGUCGCCGAGGACGACUCCGCCCAUACGAGGGCGGAGGGGUUCACCGGGAGUUUCAGGCGCGAACCGUCGCCGCUGCAGCAGGAGUACAACUACCAGGAAGAGUACGUGCCGCCUCCGGCGCGGCCGCAGGCGCCGGCGCCAGCGCCGGCACCUGCCCCGCUGGCGCGCACCUCGUCCGUCAUGUACCGCCUCCGCUCCCUGGGCCUCUACGGCUUCCUCGCUCCUGAGCAGCCCGCCGCCGCGUCCAUUCCAGCAACCGACAGCUUCCUCGCCCCGGCGGCGGCGGCGGCCGAGAAGAAGCAAGCGCACGCGCACUACGACAGGAGCCGGUCCGAGCCGGCGUGGGAACAGGGUAGCAAUAAAAAGGAGAAGAAGCAGGAGGCCAAGCCAAGAAUGGCCAAGUCGAGCUCCGAGGCGAGGAAGACCGCCGCUCCGAGCCCUGCGGAGGCGGCCUUGGCGGGCGAGAGCGUCGACGCGAGGGCGGAGGCGUUCAUCGACAGUUUCAGGCAGCAGCAAGCGCGGCACCACCAGAAAGAAGAGUACGUCCCGCCCCCGCGGCCGGCGCCGCUCUCGCGCGCGCCGUCCGUCCUGGAGCGCCUCCGCUCGUUCGGCCUCUCCCGGUUCCGCUCCGGCGACCUCGGCCCGGACCUCCCCGCCGCCGCCGAGUCCGCAGCCACCCCGGCCGCGGACGAGAAGAAGCAGGCGGCGGCACACUACGGGCGGAGCCGGUCGGAGCCGGCGCGGGAGCAGGGCAAGAAGGAGCCGAGGAUGAGCAAGUCGAGCUCGAGCGUCGUGGAGGAGGAGGAGCCGGCGGAGGCGGACCACGGCGUCGACGCGCGGGCCGACGACUUCAUCAACAAGUUCCGGCAGCAGCUGCAGCUGCAGCGGCUCAACUCGCUGCUCAACUACAAGGAGAUGCUCAGCGGCGGCGGCAAGCAGUAGCUCCUGCCUGCCUGCAAGGACGACGGAGGAGAUCGGAGAGAGUUCCAUACUUCCAUUCCAUGCAGGAAUCGGCUAGCUAGCUUCUGGUUAGGAUCCAAAUACUACUAAAAUAUUCUGGGUCAGCGAUCUCUAGAGUCUAGUGUGAGUGGUGUUUUUUUGGACUGUUAAUUAGCUGUAAGAAUUGGAAGUUUUUUUUUUCUAAAAGAAUUGUGUGAGCAGCCUGGAAGCUAUCCGAUUAGAUUUCCACUCUGUUAUGGUUCAUCAUUGCCUGCCUAGGAAGGAGGCGUUGAUGGGUGAACAGUGACGUUAAAUGGCAUGGCGUUUCUGGUGGUUCGGACGUCA